AUGGCAAUUACAUUAUCAAAUGGCUUAAGAGCUCUAUUCUUGGUAUUGGGCUGUUUAAUGAUGGGCACUCUCAUCUACACUAUCUACGUCGAUGGCUUACCAUUUCGCAGAGACCUCCUCACCCCGUGGAUGAUUGCUACUUUAGUCGAUUUCUUCAUCAAUGUUAUAGCUUUGGCGGCUUGGGUUUCCUACAAGGAAUCAAACUUUAUUACUGCAACAGUUUGGAUAUUUCUGCUAAUAUGCUUUGGCAGCAUUACAACGUGUGCGUACAUUUUUAUUCAAUUUCUCAAUUUGUCACCUGAAGAAUCUUUGCAAGAUCCGGUGUAUCAUGUACUAUUGCGGCAUGAAAGCAAGUGUGUGGAACAAAAGACGAAGCAAUCUGCUGUUGUGACCACAAAGAUUGCUUUCAGUGUUCUUGGUUUUCUGAUGUUAGGAACUUUGAUUUACACUCUAAUAACUGAUGGUUCUCCUUUUCGCAAAGAGCUAUUUACUCCGUGGAUGGUUGCAACACUAAUUGACUUCUAUAUCAAUGUUGUGGCUCUUUCGGUUUGGGUUGCCUACAAGGAAUCAAGUUGGAUCAGUGGAUUCUUAUGGAUAUUGUUAUUAAUAUGCUUUGGGAGCAUUACUACUUGCGCCUAUAUUGUCAAACAGCUGCUGCAUCUUACUUCUCAAGAUCCAGUUUACCUAAUCUUAUUUAAUAGAGGCAACAGGCAAGUUUAG